GGCCUUCACAUAUGAAGAAAUCCACUUGACUUUCGCAUCUAAUGUAAACAACAUGGCGGUCAUAACACGGGUUCCCGAGAAAAACUUGUGGGAAGAGAUAUGUAAAGAAUUUGCUGCAAGAUCCGCCCCAGCACGGUCUGAUGAUGAAAUGUCCGUGAAGACAGAGUAUUUGGAUUUUGAUCCAGCCAAACACAACCCUGUUUUCUUUGGAAAGAUGCAUGAACGAGUGGAGGCUGAUGAAGAUGUCACGAAGGAAGUGGAUGCUUCAACCAGUCAUCCAUCUUGUGUGGGAUAUACAUUCACAGAUAAACCCCCAGAAACGCCCCCAUCACCUCCCCCUCCACCACCCCAAAAAGAUUUGUGUUCACCAAGAGAGUAUUUAGAACAUUACGUAUUUCCCUGGUUAUUGCCUGCUCUAGAGGAUAUGCUGAGGCAGGCAAAGAAAGAAAAGUGCUUAGAGAGAAAAAGAACAGCAUUUAAUGCAUUAGACUAUAUCACAGAACAUUUGUACAGAAAUAAUCCAAAGUUUGAAGACAGGAAGGACACUAAGUUUGAGAAAAUUCCUUUUGUUGCAAAACAUUGGGAAACCCACCCAAGACCCCCACUCCCUCUCUCCCUGAUCUGGACAGAGGAGGAGGCAGCACUAGUGAUUCAGUCACAAUGGAGGGGAUAUCUUGUGAGGAAAAAUCCUGAAGUGCAAGAACUUAGACAAUGGCAGAGGGAAUGGAGAGAAGAAAAUGAGAACAUUAACCGACGAGUCAAUGAAUUCUGGGACAAAAAGAUGCCUGAUUGGAAUAACCCUACACCUAAUGCAUCAGAGGACCAACUUAAAGUGGAUAACAAAGAGAUCAGGGUGGAGUCUCCCACCAAACACAGCUAAAGUGGAUUUAUGUCAAAAGUGGAUCAGGCGUAAAAUGAUCCAGCGAUAACAUCUCUGAAAGAUAAACCAACAUGAAACUUGCACAAAUAUUUAUUGAAAAACAAAUAAUGAAUGACAUCUGCUAAAAUGAACUUUAGAAGAGAUAUAUGCAUGUUUAAAUGUUGAUAUAUCAUGCAGCAAAGUAAAACAAAUGAUGUGAAAUAACAGUUUUUGUGUCUGUGAUAUUUGCAGCUUUGGUCUAAAAAUAUAAUUUAAAAGUUUUGUGAUGUAUGCUAUACAUGUAGAUACAUGUAAUUUGUAACUAAACAAACUCACCAUA